AUGUCGUUCGUGACAGCUGCAAUGUUGUACUCGUCUCUCAAUGCGCGGCUGAGUGCGGGCAUCAGCGUCAUCUUACCAGACCCAACCGGCCUGCUGUUAGUUAGCUUGAUUCUUGCUAGCUCAAGGGGAUAUGAUUACCCUCCGAUGCCGACGGUGAGAGCCUGGGCCGUCGAGGAUCUCGUGCGAGUGACCGUGGCCAUUGUCGACGCCGUUGUGGCUGUGGUCGUGAGAGUCUGCAUAGGUAGGAUGCUCCAGCACGCCAUCCAGAUCAAUAUACAGUACAAGCAAUGGCUGCAGUGGGAUGGCAAGACAUUGAAGACGCUGGCUGGUGCGGUGUUGUGA